GUUUUUUUUCCCGUCUUGUUCAUGUGGAGUGGACGCCUCCGGUCGCUUCGCUUUCGCUGUACACUAGCUUUAGGAGACGAAGAUGUUGUAUGUGACGAGAUUUGAGGCUCUGGGCUCUUCUCCAGCUUCGUUGAUUCGAGGGUGGGUCGCGGAGAGGAGUGUUCAGUGGUUUGUUUUGCUUUGAUUGUUGUGCGAGGUCGCCAUAGAAGUAACAUAGUUAGUCGACAUGGUGAGUAGCAAUUUGUUCCACCGGAGGAAGCAUUCAUGGCCACCUGAAGAGUAUGUCAGCAGGGCUACUUUGCAGCUGUUUGAUUUUGAUAGUGCAGCGCCACCAGAACAUGCAUGGAGAAGAAGACUAGACAGUCAUGCAAAUAUUCUUAAGGAAUUCAGUGUAACAUUUAGUGAGGCAAUAAAAAUGGUUCGACUUGGUGUUCGCCUCUGGUCUUACAUCAGGGAGGAGGCAGCUUAUGGGAGGAAAGCACCAAUCGAUCCUUUUACUCGAGAAAGUUGCAAACCAUCAGCAUCUCAAGGUGUUCCUCUUGGAGGGAUGGGAAGCGGCAGUAUAUCAAGAGGAUUCAGAGGGGAGUUCAGGCAAUGGCAAAUUAUUCCCGGUAUACGCGAAGCCUCACCUGUCAUGGCUAAUCAAUUCUCUAUUUUUAUAUCUCGGGAUGGGGGAAACAAAAAAUAUGCAUCAGUUUUGGCUCCAGGCCAACAUGAAGGAUUAGGGAAACAAGACGACUAUGGAACAUCAUCUUGGGGUUGGAAACUCAGUGGCCAAAAUUCUACAUAUCAUGCUUUAUUUCCAAGGGCAUGGACAAUUUAUGAUGGCGAACCGGAUCCAGAUCUGAAGGUGUCUUGUCGUCAGAUAUCACCUUUCAUACCACAUAAUUACAAAGAUAGCAGUCUCCCUACAGCAGUUUUUGUUUACACGUUGGUGAACACUGGAAAGGAAAGAGCAAAAGUGAGUCUUCUCUUUACAUGGGCGAAUUCAAUUGGUGGCAUCUCACACUUGUCAGGGGACCAUGUAAAUGAACCAUUCAUUGGUGAAGAUGGAGUCUCUGGUGUACUACUGCAUCACAAGACUGCAAAAGGGAAUCCUCCUGUUAAUUUUGCAAUAGCUGCUUGUGAAACUCAGAAUGUAAAUGUCACUGUCUUGCCUUCUUUUGGGCUUUCUCAAGGGAGCUGCGUUACGGCAAAGGACAUGUGGGGCACCAUGGUUCGGGAUGGUCAGUUUGAUCAGGGGAAUUUCAGUAGUGGGCCUACUAUGCCUUCCUCGGUAGGAGAAACGCUCUGCGCUGCAGUAUCAGCUUCUGCAUGGGUGGAACCACAUGGGAAAUGCACUGUUGCAUUUGCUCUUGCAUGGUCCUCUCCAAAAGUGAAAUUUCUGAAGGGAAGCUUGUACUAUAGGAGGUACACUAAAUAUUAUGGCACUUCUGAAAGAGCAGCUCGUCAGUUGGUUCAUGAUGCAUUGAAAAAUUACAAGCAAUGGGAAGAGGAAAUUGAGAAAUGGCAAAAUCCUAUCCUCCAUGAUGAAAGGCUUCCAGAGUGGUAUAAGUUCACACUGUUCAAUGAGCUCUAUUUUUUAGUUGCUGGUGGAACUGUUUGGAUAGACUCUCAGUCACCAGAUGAUUGCACAGUAAGUCUUCCACAUACAACGAGAAAGCUAAAGGAGAAAAAUGCGAGAGUAAAAGGAACAAAAGUGGAAUACACAGAUCGCGUGGAGCAUCUUGCUAGUGUUGGAUCAAAUCAAAGAGAUAGAGCAGUACCUGCUAGUUUACCCUGCAAAGACAAGUCAUCGACCACUGAAGAUGAAGAUUCUAUGGAUUUUUCUCAUUCCUUAUCAUUUUUAGACCGGAAAAACGAUGAAGAUGAUGUUGGCAGAUUCUUAUAUUUGGAAGGAGUAGAAUACAUUAUGUGGUGCACAUAUGAUGUUCACUUUUAUGCAUCUUUUGCACUUCUUGAGCUUUUUCCCAAAAUUGAACUCAGUAUUCAGCGUGAUUUUGCAAAAGCUGUCUUAUCUGAAGAUGGAAGGAAAGUAAGAUUUCUUGCAGAAGGAAACUGGGGAAUUCGUAAGGUUAGAGGAGCUGUGCCUCACGAUCUGGGAACACAUGACCCAUGGAAUGAAAUGAAUGCAUAUAACAUUCAUGAUACGAGUAAGUGGAAGGAUUUGAACCCAAAGUUUGUGCUGCAGGUUUAUAGAGAUUUCUCUGCCACUGGGGAUUUGGCUUUUGGAGUUGAUGUUUGGCCAUCAGUUCGUGCUGCCAUGGAGUAUAUGGAACAAUUUGAUAGGGACGAUGAUGGUCUUAUAGAAAAUGACGGAUUUCCGGACCAAACAUAUGAUGCUUGGACAGUUCACGGCAUCAGCGCCUACUGUGGGUGCUUGUGGCUUGCUGCACUUCAAGCUGCAGCUGCAAUGGCCCUUCAGAUAGGUGACAGAGAUUUUGCUGAAUGGUGCAAAGCCACUUUUUUGAAGGCAAAGCCAGUAUUUGAAGCGAAAUUGUGGAAUGGUUCUUAUUUCAACUAUGAUAGUGGUGCAAGUAGUAACAGUAAGUCUAUACAAGCAGAUCAGCUUGCUGGGCAAUGGUAUACUGCAUCAUCAGGCUUGCCUCCUCUUUUUGAUGAUGGUAAAAUAAGAAGUUCCCUUCAGAAGAUCUAUGAUUUCAAUGUAAUGAAAGUAAGGGGUGGCAGGAUGGGUGCCGUAAAUGGGAUGUAUCCUAAUGGGAAGGUUGAUGAGACCUGCAUGCAAUCACGUGAAAUAUGGACAGGGGUGACUUAUGCAGUAGCAGCAAAUAUGAUUCUUGCUGGGAUGGAAGAACAGGCAUUUACCACUGCUGAAGGCAUUUUUAUUGCUGGGUGGUCAGAAGAAGGAUAUGGUUACUGGUUCCAGACACCUGAGGCUUGGACCAUUGAUGGACACUUUCGCUCUUUAAUAUACAUGAGACCACUCUCAAUUUGGGGCAUGCAGUGGGCACUGUCCCUACCUAAGGCAAUUAUGGAGGCCCCUAAGAUCAGCAUUAUGGACAGGAUUCGCUUAUCACCUAUGAUUUCCCGGUCCUCUGGCAACGAAUCUGCCGUCCGGAUAGUUGCUCAUAGAGCAGGGUGCUUCGGUAAUUCUUCAUUCCACUGUACAUGUUAAUCUGUAAAGAAACGUCAUUCUACUUCCUUUGAUACUUAUUUUGGUGGGAGAUAAAUGCCGGGGGAGAUUUCUAGGGAAAAAAGUCCUGGGGAGGUUUGAAGGAGACUUAUUCCUUGUUACCCCAGGAAUGAAAGAGUAGGGAAUGUGGCACAGCAUCUGAACUGAGUAAUGAAUGCUUGUCCUCACCAUCCACUGUAUAUUCCAUCUUUACUUUGGCAAAAACUGACCCUACUCGGUGCUAACAGUCUACUGGGAUGUUCAGUAUGUAUACUUGACAAGAUGCUGGAGGCCAGACGUGAUGCUGUUAACCUCGCCAUUCCAGGAUUUACAGGGAUGCAAAAAACUUCUCCUAUUUUCAGUGGUUGAUUGUUGGAAGCAGAACAUAUAUAUGCCUCGGAAGAAUCUUGUUUUGUCUUCCAACCAUUUCUUUGUUGCCUUGGAUGGUAUUCGGCUUAGUUGCCUGAUAACAGUACAAAGCAGCUGAUUAGUAUAAACAUGGAAGUUCACAAGCAAAUUAUGAAUAUAUUACAGGUC